AUGAAAGUGGCACUCAUUGGCGCCUCGGGCGAGACGGGCGGAUCGAUCGCCAACGCUCUAUUGGAGUCGGGAACCUUUGAGAUCAUUUCUCUCGUCCGAGAGUCAUCUCUCACCAAGCCCAUCAACGUGGAGCUGCAGAAGAAGGGUGUUACGCUGGUGCCAGUCGAUCUCAAUGGGCCGGAAGAGGCAUUGGUCCCGGUCUUGGCCGGUGUGGAUGUCGUGAUCUCGGCUAUUGAUGCCGGACUUCUGCUGAAGCAGAUUCCUCUCGCGAACGCAGCCAAGGCUGCCGGCGUCAGGCGGUUCAUCCCCUGCUCAUGGGCCACAGUUGCGCCGCCUGCGGGCGUCAUGGAGCUACGCGACGCGAAAGAAGAAGUCAUCAACCAUAUCAAGAAGAUCAAGCUGCCUUACACUAUCAUCGAUGUCGGCUGGUGGUACCAGAUCUCCGUGCCACGCGUACCGUCUGGACGACUCGACUAUGCCGUGAUGAUGCCGUCGGACACGAUCAUUGGCGACGGUAACACCCUUUCGGCACGGACGGACGUCAGAGAUAUCGGGCGCUUCGUUGCCCGGAUCAUCGCGGAUCCACGUACGCUGAACAAGUAUGUGUUUGCAUACAAUGAACUGUGGUCUCAGAACCAGAUCUACGAUCUGCUCGAGAAGCUCAGUGGAGAGAAGCUUGAGCGGCAAUAUGAAUCCGAAGCUCAGCUACUCGACCAGAUUGCUUCAGCCAAGAAAGAAACCGGCCCCUGGGCGAAGAUCAAAGUCUGGUCGCUCGAAUACCGCCACUCUUGGGGGAUUCGUGGGGAUAAUGUUCCAGAGUAUGCCACGUAUCUCGGGUAUGUCGAUGCCAAGGAGUUGUAUCCAGAUCUGAAGGGCAUAUCCUUUGAGGACUUUGUGAAGGAGCUGCUUGAUGGCAAAGGCAACCUUCCAUACAAGAACAAGACUCCGCCAUAG